AUGUCAACCACCGAGACCUUGUUAGACCACAAUCAUUCGGGUGAAACUUCUACUCGUGCGUCAAGCGGUUCGCAACGAUCUACUAGUCCUGUCAUGACGGAGGCUAUGAGUGAGUCUGUGGAUUCUCACGAUGUCUUCAAAUUUGCCGAUUCUAUUUCAUCAACAAUUGCAAACCCUCUAAGGGUUCGACUGCGUGAUUUGUUCGACGAAAACAUCAUAGCAAAGAUAAUUCGAGCCGCAGUUCAGUGUUUGGAGCACAACUCGGGCAACGAUGCUGGAAAAUACCUGCUUCGCGAGGCAGAUUUCUGGACAUGCGGAUUCUUUCCCGGUUCAAUCUACUCUGUUCUUGGGCGCUGGAUCAAGCACCCCGAAAACGGAGGCAAGAGUCUGAAGACGUCGCUUGUUGUAGAGAAGUUGCAUGAGCUCGGUCGAAUCUGGUCUGAGCCAAUUCACCGAAUGUCGUCGAGAAAGGACACACACGACAUGGCUUUCAUCAUUCAGCCAUCUAUGCGGCCAAGGUGGGAGAUCUUCCAUGAUGAAAAAGCUUUGGCCACGAUCAUCACCGCAGCCGAGAGUCUCUACACCCGAUACAGUCCCCGAAUUGGCGCGAUUCGUUCUUGGGAUCAAUUGACGCAGAAAGGAGUCAACAUCACAUCGAUGGACCGAGACUUUUUGGUCAUCAUAGACUCAAUGUGCAACCUGGACCUGCUCUAUUACGCGGCUGCCCACACCGGUCGUCAAGAUCUCUCUGUCGCCGCAACUCGCCAUGCACAUAAGCUCCUGCGCACUCAUCUCCGCCACGAGACUGGGGCGUGGGCCGAGCGAAAAGGUUACUCGGGUCCUCUCUUUAGCACCGUGCACGUUGCAAACUUUGAUCCUAUGACCGGUGAUUUGAAAGAGGUUCGCACGGGACAAGGCUACGCAAGAGAAUCGACAUGGGCGCGCGGUCAAGCCUGGGGAAUCCUGGGCUAUUCACAGACAUUCCGCUGGACGGGCGAUCUCGAGUUUCUCACUGCUGCUUGUGGACUGGCAGAAUAUUUCUUACUGAGAAUGGAGACUUCACCCGGCUGCGUGGAGCGCCAGGUGGCCGGAUCCUCGGAAAUGACCUGUGGACGUUACGUACCCCUUUGGGAUUUCGAUGCUCCCAUCAACGAGGACAACCCGCUUCGGGACUCCUCUGCGGGUGUCAUCGCAGCAAAUGGCAUGUUGGUGCUGGCGCAGUGUCUUCUGUCGCGUGCACAGUACGCUCUCGGUCAACGUUAUCUCGAUGCGGCUGUGAUGAUCGUUGAGGAUAUCCUGGCUUUUUCUCUUGCCGAGGAAAAGGCACGUCUGGUAAUUAACGGUGCACAGAUCUCUGUUGAGAACAUUCGGCCUGAUGCAAACUUUGAUGCCAUUUUGAAGAAUGCUACCGCGAACUUUAACGCUGCGGAUCAUCGCCGGUACUGGGAUCAUGGUUUGGUCUACGGAGAUUACUAUCUGAUUGAGUUUGGAAACCGUUUGUUAGAGAUGGGGCUGGUGUGA